ACAUCUGUCCGCUUCGUGAAUACUUUCUCGCGGUAGUUUCUCUGGCUAGUACGGUAGCGCGUUGAUUUGCGCGGAGGUAGUUUAUCGAAGGACGACGCAAGGUUCUCGUGGAAGCGGCCACUGAGGGCGCGGCAUUCUUGCAAUUGUUGCGCCCGGCUCCAACAGAAUAACCAAUAGGAGCCGCGGCAGCGCCGCCAUUCUAUCGAGUUCGUGGCACGCCCUACAACUUCCUCCAUUGUCCUUCUUUCCGGGAUUCUCUGCGAGGAAGGAUGGCUCAGAACAAUUAUUUUGGGUUUACUCACGGCGGAACGCAAUAUGGAGCGACCAGCGCAGCCGCUUAUCAAACGGGUCAAGCGGGAUACGCAGUAACUCCAGCGGCAACCGCCGCCACGUACACUCAACGACCCGCUGCUGCCGCGGCUACAGGUUACGAAACCUACCAAGCAGCAGCCGCUGCAGCUGCUACUGGGACUACGUACGCUGCUGCUAAUCCUGGUACUGUGGCUCAAACAUACGAUUACGGUUACGGUCGUGCUGCGCCUGCAGCCACAUACGACGCUACUAAGACUUACUAUCAGCAACCUGCUGCGGCCGCAGCAACAUACACAACUACUGAAACACAUUAUCAGGCAGCAAAGCCUGCAUAUAGUACAACUAGUGCUUACACAGGCACAGCAAGACAAGCAACUACUACUGGUCAAGCAAAAACAUACCAAGCAUCUAGCACAGCUUAUCAGCAAUCUAAUCCUACUCAAAGUGCUACAUACUCUUCAGGAUACACUGCACCAGCUACCCCUGCUGCUACACCAUCAACUGCGACAAAUAGAUUGACUCCUCCAAAGUUUGAGGUUUCAAUUUCAUUUCCCUUAGAAACGGCGAGUACAACGUAUUCCGGCUACGACGCAGCGCUAUAUAGCGCUGCGACUAUGUAUGUAGCCCAACAGAGUGCAAACAGCAAUUCAACUAACCAGAAGACUGGAGGUUGGCAGGGCUACGGACGGAAAGGAUUUGGCGUUGGAGGGGGAGGGAUGAAGGCAAUGCGGCCCAAGCAGCCCCCUAAACCUCAACAACUACACUAUUGCGAUGUCUGUAAGAUCAGCUGUGCCGGGCCUCAAACCUACCGUGAACAUCUGGAGGGACAAAAGCACAAGAAGAAGGAAGCUUCUCUGAAGGUACCACAACAACCACCAGCACGUGGAGCAGGGAAUAGUCUACGUUGCGAACUUUGCGAUGUUACCUGCACUGGAAAUGACGCGUACGCUGCUCACAUCAGGGGUGCUAAACAUCAAAAAGUCGUAAAAUUACAUACUAAACUUGGAAAGCCCAUUCCAAGUGCCGAUCCAACUGUAUUAAAUCCUAAACCAGCAGCUGCUGCCAAAACUGCAGGAACUAAAAAACCUACAGUAACGGCUACACCUAAAAUCAAUUUUGUGGCAUCUGGAAAUUUGGGUACUGUAAAUCAGAAUCAAACUUCGGAAAUUAAGACAGAAGAAACUACAGCUGAGGAAACUGUAGAAGAAGCAUCUGUCGACGAGAAGGAUAUUCAACCAGUUGGUCAAGAAUACAUAGAAGAAAAUAAAUCAGAAGAUGGAAAAAUUAUAAGCUUUAACUGUAAGCUUUGUGAAUGUAGAUUCAAUGAUCCUAAUGCCAAAGAUAUGCAUAUGAAAGGACGGAGACAUAGGUUUGCUUAUAAGAAGAAAGUUAAUCCUGAUUUAGUAGUUGACAUGAAACCAAGCUUAAAACAAAGAAAAUUGUUAGAAGAAAAAUUACGCAGACAGCAGAUGCGAGAUGAGUAUCUACGUCGAAGAGAAGAAAUUAACCAAUUGGGACCCAUGGGUCCAAUGAUGGACGAAGAAAUGAUGUAUUGGGAAGAAAGACGACGUUACGAAGAAGAAUGUGAAUACUAUGAAUGGUAUAGACGUUAUGGACGUGGACCCGGUGCUCCACCAAUGCCUCGUCCUUUCCCAGGACCACCUCCGAUGAUGAUGUUCCCAGGACCUCAGAGGAGGCCAGAUUCAUCUGAUGACAAACACGUAUUGGCUCAUCACACCACAAUAUAUCCCAAGGAACAAGAACUGCUGGCAGUUCAGAAAAUAGUAUCACACACUGAGAAAGCGUUGAAAUUCGUGUCUGAUACUUUGGCUGAAGCUGGCAAGAAAACAACACCAACUGCAACUAAUGCCACCCCUGCAGCUACAACCGUGCAACAGCAACAACAACAGUCACAACAGCAACAACAAACAAAUGCGGAAGCAACUGUAAAAGUGAAAGAAGAUCCUGAUAAAAAGAAAGUUACAACACCGCAGAAAGAAGAUGGUAGUGAUGGUAAUUUAUUCUCGUUCCAAAAGGAAAAAGAAGAUUCGAGAAUACUAAGAGGCGUGAUGCGUGUUGGCAAUUUGGCGAAAGGACUUCUAUUAUCUGGUGAUAAUCAUGUUUGUCUCGUGGUUUUGUGUGCUGAAAAACCAACACGUUCACUAUUAAACAAAGUUGCUGAAAUUCUUCCGGCACAAUUGAAGAUCGUGGCUCCAGAGGAUACUUACAAUGUUGGAAAACAUCCCGAAUCAGCUGCUCUAACAGUGUCAGGAGGCAGCGUAACCGUCAGCGUAACACUCACCAGUCCUCUAAUGCGUGAAACGCCUAAAACAGCAGUUGCUGCAGAUAAUGCUGGACAGCAGCAACAGGGAGCUGCUCAACCGCAAGCAACGCCUACGGCGCCCGCUGUGACGAAACCAGAUCCACCAGAUGUACUUCCCAAGGCUAAGUGUUUGGAGGCUUUAGCUGCACUCAGGCAUGCCAAGUGGUUUCAGGCUAGAGCAACUUCGCUGCAGAGCUGUGUAAUGGUCAUUCGCAUAAUGCGUGAUCUUUGUAACCGUGUACCCACUUGGGGACCAUUAAAUCCAUGGGCACUGGAACUGCUAACGGAGAAAGUGAUCAGUACUGCUGGGGGUCCUCUUAGUCCAGGCGAAGCUUUAAGAAGGCUUCUGGAAUGUGUUGCUGGAGGAAUCUUACUUCCAGGAAGUCCAGGAUUGUCAGAUCCAUGUGAAAAGGAGCCAGUUGAUGCAAUAGGUAAUAUGACAGCUCAACAGAGAGAAGAUAUAACUGCCUCAGCCCAGCAUGCGCUGCGAUUGGUCGCUUUUCGUCAAAUUCAUAAAGUUCUGGGUAUGGAACAACUUCCACCACCCAAAUAUAAGGGCCGAUUUGCUAGAAAACGAAGACGCGACAAUAGUAACGGAGAAGGAACAGAUAGCGAGGCUUCAAAGAAAGAUAAAAAAGCAGAGGAGAUCAAAAUGGAAACAGACUCCAAGUAGAUCUACCAAAAUAUUCGCUUUAUCGAUUUACUCGUAACUUAUAUAGUAUAAGAAAAUAAAUUUUUCUCGUGUCAAUUGCUUGUUCAGUGAAGUGUUUUCAAUACUGGAAAGACGUUAACAAAUUUAGAACAAAAAUAUUGACUGAUUAUCAUAUUGUUAUGAUUAUUUCAGAUAUAAUAAGUAUUUCUUUGGACAACUUAUGGCAUUAUUUUAUUUUUGAGUCAUAAAUUUAAUUGACAAAAAUCUUUGUUAAGGUAUAUUGUGUCAUCGUAGCUUGACUUGCCCCAUGAGCAUGAAGCAGAAUCUUAUGUUUCUAUUAGAACUAUAUUCAACAGAUUAAUGACAAAAAUUAGUAGUAAAAAUUAACGACUAAAAAUUAUGUUUUUUUUUCCCCUUUUUGAAUAUAUUAAUUUUUAAGCGUCAUUAAUAAAAAAGUGUAAUAUCUUAAAUUUCAGUUAUUCAUUUUAUGUAAGCAGUAUAUCUGCACGUUAGAAAAUAUAUACAUAAAUGCCACCAUUUGUAAAACAAAUAAAAGAAACUUUUUGUAAUUAUAUUCUGAAACUGUUCAAGAUCUUUCCCAAACAGGCAAUUGGUACGAUUAGUUCCAGCACUAGAAUUUUGUCGGAGGAAAUGAUCAAUAUGUUAAUUAGUUUGAAUUACUUAUUUAGCUAUAUUUCAGAGUCACAAUGUAUGAUGGAGUUUAAUAGCAAGAAGGGUGGUUAAAAAAAGAAAGAAAAUGAACAUUUAUAAGUUUUGAAGUUAAGAGUAGGUUAGUUUGUAUUGAGAAUUCGUGUGUAUGUUGUGUGUGUAGUCGUAAAGGAGUGCAGAAAUGUUUUCCUGCACCAGAUAACUCUUAACAACGUACGUUCAUGUUGCGUGUACUAAUUCACGCAGAAGAUUCUAAGAAAGCAGAGUUGCAAAUCGAUUAUUAUUAAAAUAGACGCUUUGCUGACCAAUGAGGGUCAAGUGCACGUGUCAAGAAUUCUUAAUUUGCAGUCGAUUUGUUUUAAAGAUCUCACAGGAAUGCAAUUAUUUCAAAUGUUUCACGUUUAAUGAGUUUUCUUUCUGACACUGUGUAUGGAUCUUCUGUUGUACACAUGCAAAUCCUCUUUGAAUAAAUCGAACAUGCAUGAGAUAAGUAUAAGGUUUUCUUCACUUCCAUUAUUCCUUUGCGUAUUUAGUAUUGUAUAAGAAUAUUUUAUCAAUACAAACUAAUAAAGAAACCUCUUUAAUAAGAAGGCCACACACACAAUAGCACUCUGACUGUAUGAUUAUGGUUACUAAUUUUUUACAAGAACAAAUACUUGGCGUAUAAAAAAAAGUUUAAUUUAUUUUUGGAUGGCACCGAGCAGAACUGAGACUGAUACUGUAUUAAUUCGUUAAAUAAAAGUAUUAGAAGUUGCCGUGCAAAGUUGAUAAAGAUCUAAUUUUACGUUUAAAUUAGCCGUUUAAUCUUUAUGCGAGUUAUAAACAUAAUUUUAUACUAUAUUCAUUCUGUUUGGUGCAGCUAGUCUUUUCGAGCGAAAGUUCGGUGAUUUAAUUCCGUCAUUUCGGUCUUUUUUUUUUACAAUUUUGUAUUUGGUAGAUAUAGUACUGUUAUUUUCAUCUUUCUAACUGAACUGGCACAUGCUUCAAAUCAAUAGAAAAUUCAAGCAUUAGCCACUUCCAUUUCCUGUUUUACAGUAUUAAUUAAACUAUAUUUGUACAUA